CACUCGCUGCCGGCGCCUCUUGACUCCUCCUGUCCAGCUUCCUUGGAGUACUCAUCUUACGUCUGAGUAUUCCUGGCCGACCUUGAGCCUACGAGUCAAGCCAUGUCGAAAGCAAAAAAUAAGAACCGCGCAAAGGCCCAAUUGCAGCAACAGACCCCCGUUACAGAAACCCAGAAAUCCUUGCAAAACCAGCCACAAGCGCAACAACCGAAGAGUCAUGUUCAACAGACGACACUUGCCAAAACGCAAGCCGCUCAACCAUCCGAUCGCCGACAAAGAGCAGCGUAUAAUCGCUGGAGGGAAUCCCUGAAAUGUCGCAAGUUACGAGACUCUGGUGCCAACAGCCUUCCACAUAUUUGGGCAGAAGCAUACACUCUUCUCGAGACGCAGAGUAGCGUGCCACAUAGCUGCCUGCUCGCCGACUUGGUUGAUGGCAAGACAGGAGGUCCAUUCAUCCUCAGGCAGACGAUAUCUACAUCGCUGAACCAUCAGGAUUGGAGGUAUAGACUUGCACUGUACGAAGCUUUGCUGAAAGUCAUUACACACCCUUCCUUAGUUGCCCAUCCAACCGCGUCCAGCAACCACCUUGCAAUGCUCUACACCCUCAUUGGCGAAGAAGACGGCGUGGAAGGAAUUGAGUGGUUGACAACACUUACUAGCCUCUUUCACCGUGUUCAGGUCCAACAAAUCCACAGCUUGGUUUAUUUCACAGCCAAAGCGCUCAAGAAGCUACUCGACCGGUACCCGCCUCUCAAAUAUGAUAACCGUUCACAUGCUCUUCGCGAUGUUCUGCACAUAUUGCUGGCUGCUGGCGCCGCUCAAAGCUCAAAAGUACCGCCCAAGACUGGUGGGACGACCGCUCGCAGUGCCCCGGCGCCCAUUGGGGGCACAAAUACAAGCCAUUCACCACAAGCCCCAACUGUUGCCAAACAGACCCAUCUGCGCGCAAAUCAACCACAGCUAGUUACCCCGAGCCCCGGAGCAAAGCCGGGUGGCCGCCACGAUAAUGAUCGCAUCGCAAUUGCUGAUAUCCAGAUCUUACCAACCCACGGAGAGAUCAUGAGCCAGCAACUGGAAUAUCUGCCUACAACAGACUUCACACAGGAGAGUUUCCUCAAGGAUCCCAGAGAACGUUAUGUCGAUACACUUUUCCGGCUCUAUCGUCACAAUACGUUUUCGACGGUAAAAGAUUUCCUUCGCGAGCAGUUAGCCUGCAGUCCGGCCGAGAACCGCUCCAACACAAAUCCUUCUGAACUGGGCCAAAAUGGUUUAGCCCAUUUUUAUAAUGCGGCUGUCAUUCAGAAGGUCGGCGUUGAACUGGACAAUGGUAUAAUGUGUGCCAUAUCGUUUAUGCAGCUCCCGCACCUUCGGAACCUGUCACGGGCAGACCAGGCUAAAUGGUGGGUGGAAUCCGCACGCCUUCAACCGGGUAAACUGCUUGUCAUGGUGGUCUCCCAUCGCGGGAGAAGGCAAAUGCUGUACCUUAUCGGGGGCGAUGAAUACCAAGAGAGGCACCUUUCGGACUGGUUCAAGGAAAGGAUGUCGAGAAUGCGGCCUACGGUAUUUGUUAAGCUGGCCCGAGAGACCGAGGAGGACAUGACUCUACUUAACGAGCUACAUGUUGCAAAAGUACAGGGGCAUCUCUUCGAGCUCUGUGGGCUCAUUCCGCAGGCCUACGGGCCCACACUAACCAACAUCCAACGGAUGUCCAAGGACACUGGUUUGGCGUUCCAACAGUGGAUUAUUCCCACAUCAAAGACUGCUGAACAACAUCUUACUGUUCCCCCACCAGCCUAUGCUCGCAAGCAGGGAUUUGCGUACAAGCUUGACUGUAUCAGCAAGGAAAAACAACCCAUUGGCUUGAAACUGGAUCCGAACAAAACACCGCAGGGAAAGGACAUGAUCGCACUGCAGAAGGCUACCGGGGUCAAUGCAAGUCAAGCCCAAGCCCUAGUCGCCGCGCUUAGCCAAGAAUUCGUCCAGAUUCAGGGGCCUCCCGGUACAGGGAAGACGUAUGUCGGUCUUCAAAUUGUCAAGGUCUUGGUGGAACACAAAACGACUUGCCAGCUCUCACCCAUUUUCAUUGUAUGUGAGACCAACCAUGCCUUAGACCAGUUCGGCGAGCACAUCGUUGAAGCCGGCAUCAAGAAUGUUAUACGUGUUGGAAGCCGCAGCAAGUCGAAGAUGUUGGAGACAUACAAUCUUUGUAAGAGGAGAAAAAAAGAGACAACAAAAGGAGAGAAAAGAGCGAGGGGCGAAGCGCGUGUAAAUAUUGGAACGACGCUUUCCCGUGUCAGGAGCUGCCUUGAUGCAAUACAUCAAGCAAUGGCAGGACGGCCAGGCUGGCCGCUUCUGAAGGAGUUUCUAUCGACUGAACACCCCAGGAUCUACAGUCAACUCAAACCAGAGGAUGCUGCAGGGUUUACACUUGUUGGUGAUCCUGUCGUGAAUUGGCUUGGGCAAAGGCCGGCACAGUCAGUCAAAGGCUCGCAGACGAAUGCUCCUAAUCCUUCACGCUUGAUUGUAAAAGCUGAGGCCAACAUCCUUUCGCUUGCAGUCGGCGAGCGGUGGACAUUGGUGGAUCACUGGCUUGAUCAGCUUGCCCGGAAUCAAACCCAGUCUCUGAUGCGGCAUCUACACCAUGCACAGAGUCUUCGGCCCCUUCUCGCGCGAGUCAAGGCCGAUAUCGACUGUCGGAUUCUUGGGGGUGCAGAUAUCGUCUUGAUGACGACCUCGAGACUGGCCGCUGACAAUGAAAUGCUUCGCAAACUGAAACCCAAGGUCAUCAUUUGCGAGGAGGCAGCUGAGGUAAUGGAGCCUCGCAUGAUGGCAGCGUUCAUACCUGGAGUUCAACAUCUCAUCCAGAUUGGCGAUCACCAGCAGUUGCGCCCAUUGGUACAGAACUCGAUGCAGUUCAGCAUGGAGACCCAGGUUGGAAAGCACUACCAGCUUGACCGCAGCCUCUUCGAGAGACGUGUCACCGGUGAGCCUGGAAUGAAGCCUCUCCCUGUCAUCCAACUGAACGAGCAGCAACGUAUGCCACCUGAGAUUUCGGCACUCAUCCGAAACAAUGUCUACAAAGACCUUCAAGAUGGCUCUCGCGUCAAGGACCGCCCAAUGGUGGUUGGCCUACGGGACAGACUGUUUUGGUGGGAUCAUGGCUACGAAGAAGACAUUGGCCUGAAUGCAGCCCAGGGCAUGUCUUAUAUCAACUCCAUGGAAGUUGCGAUGGCUACCGCCCUUGUCCGUCAUAUUGUCCGUCAGGGGGUUUACGAAGGUAAAGACAUUGCCAUUCUUACGCCAUAUGCGGGCCAGUUGCUCAAGCUUCAGGCAUCACUUGACGAGUAUUUCGAGGUUGUCUUGAGCGAAAGAGAUGAAGAACGCUUAGCUGCCCAGGGAUUCGACAAGAAGAACAUGGUUGGAGACUCCGAAAUCCCAACCCAAACUCUAUUACCGUCGGGCAAGAUGCAGAUGAAAGAUGGCAUACGGCUUGCUACGGUUGACGGUUUCCAAGGCGAGCAGGCCAAGGUCAUCAUUAUCUCUCUUGUCCGCAGCAACAAAAAGAGCAAAGUAGGCUUUUUGAGGCUGAAGAACAGAAUCAACGUUCUCCUCAGUCGAGUUCAGCACGGCAUGUACCUCAUUGGCAACGCGGCGACGUUCCCGGCUGUGGACAUGUGGAAGGAUGUUUACCGGCAGAUCUCGGCCAGAAAGGCGGCAGGUCCUUCCAUUCCUUUGUGUUGUCCCCGGCAUCCCAAAACCCCGAUACACUGUACAUCACCGGAAGAUUUCGUCUAUGUCAGUCCCGAGGGAGGCUGUACACUUGCCUGUGCCGACCGGCUUCCAGUCUGCGGUCAUCCCUGCCCGAACAAGUGUCACUCGGAGCUGCUACACAAGGCCGUCAUCUGCCCGAAGCCUUGUUCUAGAGUUCGAGAAACAUGCAAGCAUGCUUGCCCCAAAGUAUGUGGAAGAGAAUGUGGAGAGUGUAUGGUGAUUGUCAAAGACAUCAAACUCCCGUGUGGACAUACCAAGGACAAGCUGCUAUGCUACCAACUCCUGGACCUGAAGUCUGUUCUCUGCCGCGUCAAGGUGGAUAAACAGGCACCCGCUUGUGGUCAUAGGGUGACAGUCGAUUGUUCCACGGACGUUUCCUCGAGCAGGUUUCUUUGUGAAGCAAAGUGCAAUGCUCCGCUGCCCUGUAACCACAAGUGUCAAGGCACAUGCUGGCUGUGUCGACAAGGAACUCACGGCCAAGAGGAACGCGUCGCCGUGGAACACAAGACGUGUGAAAUUUGCCAGCCAUCUACUUGGGGCUUGGGGGACAUUGAACGCAUGCUAGCGUUUGUCGAUGACCAGCUGAGACAGUCGGCUGACAAUGCUGAUGUCGAUACCGCUAAGCAGCUUUUUCUUGGGAAAGAGCUGGCGGCCGAUGACCAUGGCAAACUAACCGAGGGAUCGCCUCCCCAGGAUCGCUAUGAGGGUUGCAACAAGCUGAGGGCUCUUUGCCAGAAGACGCAAGAGCGUAUGAUGGCCCAUGACUCCUUGACGGGAGCCAUGAACGGACUCAGUCUUGGUCCUAAAGCGAGCUCUGAUCCCCGGGCACAGAAAGCAGGUGCUCUACCCGCUCAACUCAAGGUGCUAGGCGCGAGACUGAUUGAACACAAAGUCCAAGAGGCAAUACUCCGCGACAAGUUCAGACUGUCGGUCAAGAUGGGCGAGGACCAAAACCUGCUCGGCACGCGCGCUGAUCUUGAACUGCAGCGCUCCGUGGGCUCUUUCCUGCAAACUGGCACUGUCCUGCUCGACGAUUGUUCCGAGGCCAAGUUACCGCGUCUGGCGUUCAUUGCUGCGAUUUUGCAUGCUAGAGUGGCUUUGAUGGUUUUGCUAUAUCAUCAGUCUCAAUCUGUUCUUGAUCGUGACGCUGCUCGGGAUCAUGACGUGGGAGCUGCCGGUGAGAAGCAAGUGGCGAAGCGUCUGGAACGCAUUUUCGGCUUGUUUAGCACUGCGCAAGGGUUGUGCGACGAGUCUUCGGUGGAGGACGCGGAUCUUAGAAGAUGUUUGCAGGAAGUGCUGAGGUUCAGGAAGAAGCGGUUUGAGCAGUUGGAGUUGAAGGAGGUGGUUGAGGCGGUUGGAGAGGCACCGGUGGUUUUUGUGUUGGAGAAGAAGUGAAUACUUCCUGAAGGUGUUGUUUGUGAAGGGGUUCGAUUGCUAUCUCUGCUCUCUGUCUCGAUUCGAUUCUCUGUUUCUUCUGUUUGAUGGUUGUCGAGGCAUCAGAUGAUGGAGGCAAAUGGUAUGACACCCUACGACUCAUUUUCAUCCCAGACUGACCCCAAACAGGAGCUAGGGUGAGGUAAAUAAGAAUAAGUAGCUUGACUUUCAUCGUGUUCCUUUGACAGUGAUCUCACGCGGCUUCACACUCUCUGUUCUCGACACUCUCCUUAUCUCCCCUUCUCUCACUUCUUCCUGAAUUCCUCGACGAGCAACCCAUCCUUCACCUCCACCUCCCACUCACACUUUAUCCUCAUCUUCAUUCUCUACCGCAUCACUGGUAAUUCUCACUCCUC